AUGGAUUCUGCAAAUUUGCCCGUGAGCUGGGUGGAUUUGAAACGCGAUCCCGGAUUGAUCCGUGCAGAUUUCAGCGGCUACAAGCUUUCACUUGAUCAGUUUCCGUCUUAUAUUCAAUCACUGAAAACACCUGUGCGCGAAUUGCAGCCGAGUAACACGCAGUAUGGCCUUGAACAUAUCAAGCUGUUCAGUGACAUUAAUUAUCUUACAUUCGAUAUGUACUCGUCGGAUUUGUACCAAAAGCGCUUCAUGAUCAUUUUACAGGGCCCUCGACUGUGCUCAAUUGAUUUCUAUUCACAGGCCAAAAAGUUCACAGUUUGUGAAAACUAUCCAACUCUUCCCAUUCCGCCAGAUGCUGAGGAGCGUGAGGAUCGUUAUCCGGCCACAAUAUCUUUUCCAGACGCUCACUACGCCUUUGUAUCGAAUGGUUUCGGACGAUUGACAAUGUAUAAAACAGGCGAACGCUCAACAAAAACAGCUUGGGAGGAAUGUUUGAGCAUUGAGCCCCUCAGCAUAUGUGGGGUGGUAAGCUCAUUUGUUAUUGUUGAAAGCCGAUGUGUUGCGAAUAAUUACGAUGUUUUACUGCGGUCUGUUGUGCCCGGAGAAAGAGCAUCAAGCAGUGGACCGAAUUUCAUGAACAAAGCAGUUUGGUUGUCCAUUAUUAACGAAAAUGGAACAAUGCGAUUGGGAGACAUCCGCAGCGUAUUAUGUUCGGGACAUAUCGAAAUGACCACUUUUGAUAGAUCACCCGAAAGUCUUAUUGUUGUUAGCACGGGUGAUUUGACUUUUUGUGGAAAUGAAACGGAUACAGCUGCCCCCGAAGAUGAAGAAAUGACAAUAGAAACUGGGAUUGAGAAGCCAUCGCAGGUUGGGAAGAAGAAAUAUGCGUGGUCGCAAACAGCAAUGGAUGUAACGGCAGUGUUCACAUGUGCAGAGAUAAUUUCGAAAAAAGACGUAUCAUUAUCAUUGAGUGCAACAUCUGUGCACCUGUCGGUGAAGGGUGUUGUUCUCAUCGGUGGUACACUUGGUGGUUCAAUUGAUCCAACAUCAUCGACGUACACUAUUGAUAAUGAUAAGUACGAAAAUACUUACUUUUUUGGGACAUAUAUAUUAGAUUAUUAA